AUGUCGGUUCCUCAGUUGACUCGCGACCUCGAAGCUCCUCUGCAAGGCCUGGUGGACGAUGCUGACCGGCUUGCAGAGUGGCCUGAGCUGGUCGGGUUGGAGGAUCUAUUGCUUGAUAAUGGCCAGCUACCAUCUCACCGUGCGGAUCGACCAUGUCCUCAGGAACUCCAUGUGUUUCCCGAUGAUGUCUCUCCAGAGCUUCUUCAAAUAAUCAGUCAGCCGUUGGACACAGAACGGCCUCCCAAAUCUGCAGGCCAACACAGUGAGAACGGAGGUGGACAGUCACCGCCGCCGCCGUCAUCAACAUAUAAUCAUGGUACAUCUAUGGGGGAUGACCGGUCCUCACUGCCGGUACGGACCCAGGCACCCGCUGUAAAGGAUCACACUGGAGACAACCAUCUAGAUCGAUGCUUUUCACCUGAGUCCACUGCAACGGGAGCGACGUUUAGUCGUAUGGGGGUCAAAGCAACGGGGGGCACGAAGAACCUCAAACUUCGGCUCAUGGAACGCAACAGUUUUCGAGAAUGUGCAAGCUGUUUUAUUGAGUUACUCGACAAGAACCUAGUCCCUUUGGGGUGCGCGCACAAAUACUGCUUAUCGUGUUUCUCUGGAAUGAUAGAGACAGCUAUGAAUAACGAGAGCAAGUUCCCUCCAAAAUGUUGCCUGGAAGAUAUACCGACAAAAUUGAUCCUACACAAUGUGGACUCCGUACUUCGGGAGGAAUACAAAUUAAAAGUACAAGAGUAUGCUAUACCCCGAACUAGCAGAUGGUAUUGUCCGUCACCAAGCUGUGGAAAAUGGAUUCCUCCAAAAAAGAUCAAGUUGGGCGCUCCGACACAGAAAUGCCCGAUAUGCAAAUGGUCGAUAUGUACUGCCUGUCAAAGGACAGCCCAUCAGAGCAACGAACAUUGCCCUCAAGCCCCUUAUCCGGAACGGGUAGAUAGUAUUGCCUCAAACGGCUGGAGACGCUGUUACAAAUGCCAGGCAAUGGUAGAUCUAACUGCUGACUCCGGAUUCGUGGUCUGUCACUGCGGUGCUGAAUUUUGCGAGCGACGAGAAGUCGAGGAGCGAUUGCGGAAAGAAAAUACUCAAAAUUACCCAGACGGCGAUGGACAAAGAAGGCAAGAUGAUGGAAGACGCCGAGUUCAACACGACAAAGAAAUGAAACGCCUUAUAUCGAUAGCCAACCAAAUCCAGAGGCUCCAGGCAGAGCUAGCUAAGAUCAACAAGAUUCAACAGUCUAUGAUCAUCAACAGACAUCAGGACAGCGCGCAGCAGAUCCAGGUCGCAGCGGUCUCAAAACAGGUAGAAUUCGACCAGACGCGGGUGAAGCUAGAAAAAGCGUAUGAAUCGAAUUUUAAGCUUCGUAAAAGCGCCUUGGAGGCCCGUCAAAGCGCCACAAAGCUUGAACUCAGAACUCGCCAGGAGGAGGAUGAAGAUGAUAAUUUUGUUCAAAUGCAACGCCAUUUGAAGGGCAAGCCGAACAGAGAGGAAAGAGAAAAGGUAAUACUCGACAAACUUAAUGCAUCGCAUAAGAGAGAACAAGAUGCACUGGAAAAAACUCAUAAGGAGGAGAUGAGUGAACUGGAAUACCACGGCAGUUUGGAAUCCUCGGCGCUUCAGAGCGGCAUCAUGAAGAAGCUGGGGGAUUUACAACGCGAGACAAACUAUACUCUUUACGAGCUGAGUUCCACAGUAAUCUCGGACCGUCGGUGGUUCAAGAUUGCCGUUGAAAAACGUUAUGGGCUUCUUGAAGAGCAUAGGAUGUUUUUGAUCAAUGGCCCCGACGCCAUUAAGGACACAGUAACUUCUAGCAGCAGAUAUUCAUCUGCAAACAACUCUAGCCACUCAGGCACAACAUAUUCAAUUACAAGCGGCAGGGAAACACCCCAAUCGCCUCUAUCACCGCCCCCUGUUUUUACCGAAUUUGGGUAUAGACGUCGUGGCUCUGAUGCUCGCAAGAGUGGAGGUACUAUGGCUACGGGAAGCCGAGCGCGAAUCUACAGUGACCUUCUACUCUGCAGAAUUGUCUUCGCUAAUAUUCAGCUGUUCAUGGUACCUAAUCCUGUUAAGCCCCCAAAGAAUCAUAGCGAAAUUCGAUUUUAA